AUGCGAUCACUAGAAAUGUGUCGACAACUACUGACUACGAGACCCAACAGCUGUUGGUUUGGAUUAUAAAACAAUUCAAACCGAAGUGUAUGUUAGAGUUGGGCUCAUGGAUGGGUUACAGCACCCUAUUAAUGGCCAUCUCUGCCAAAACAUAUGAAUUAACUCAUCAUAAAUCCCGGAUCUAUGCGUGCGAUUCAUAUGUUUGGCAGAAAUGGAUGAGUAAUUUUGUGGUCACGAAGAAUGUAAUGGCAAAUGGAGACACAUUUCUGCCACGAUUUCUGUUCAAUACGGAACCGAUGAGUGAAUACAUAGAACCCAUUGUUAUGGACUUCGAUACUAUACUCCCGGACACUGUCUUUCAUAUUAAACCGGAUUUUGUUUUCAUUGAUUUCACUCAAGACGCCGAUGAGAUCCAAGAGAAAUGGAGUCAUUUAGAGCCCAAUUUGAUUUCGGGAAAGACUAUUGUCUUAUUCAACGGCCUGUCCAUUACAUCCGUACCUUUCUUCACCCGUAAUUGUAAUCGACUUAAAGUGUUGGCAAAACCACAUUCAAUAGCCAAGGCAUUCAUAUACAGCCCCGACAUGUCUGUCCAAAAGCCUUUGAAAAAUAUUAAUUUGAGCCCAAAAUUCAAUUUCCAAACGCCUCCCGAUUGGGAACACCACUACAAGAAUGCAUUCAAUUCUUGUGUCGAUAUAUUGCGACAAGAAUUUCAUGACAAGGAGUCAAACAUUUUGUUUAUACCUUCUGUUGCGACAACCCUUUGCGAUAAUCCAGAGGUUAUGAAAAACAAUGACUGGAUUGGUAUCAUUCAUAUGACACCAGAAUAUCCGGAAUUGUUUUAUACACCAGACCUGAAACGGUUGUGCAGUAAUCGAUACAAACAAUACAUGAAGACA